CAACUUCAUCGCCAUUUUACCGCGUCUCUUAUUUCUUAAACAUGUUUGUUUAAAAAUAACUGAAGAAAAAUACAAGAAUUUUUGCAUAAAAAUUAAAUAAAAACUAUAAAAUUUAACAAAUUAUUAACAUUUAAAGUGAAAAUAACAAUAAUAAGUGAUAAAAGAUUAAGAAAAACAAAUAGAAGUCAUGAAAUCCACAGCCAGGACUCCCAUGAGGGUUAUGCGUACACCGCACCAACAAAGAGAAGCACGCUUGCGUACGCAACUAUCACAGGAAAAUAAUCCUAAUAAUGAAAAUUGCCCACUAAAACAAAAAGAUCCCGUACAUGUAUUCUGCCGUGUACGACCAUUGCCUUCCGAUGGUGAUUUGUCAUGUGUAAAGGUAAAAAAUUCCACUACUAUUGUUCUAACUUCACCGGAGCAGGCUUUAGGCAGUAAACAGGGUACUUGCAAAGAAACUCAAUAUAUAUUUAAACAUGUUUUCGAAUCGAAUGCCACACAGCAAGAUGUUUUCGCAGGAGUGGCACAACCCUUGGUGGAGAAUUUAAUAAGAGGCCGUAAUAGUUUAUUAUUUACUUACGGUGUCACUGGCAGUGGUAAAACUUAUACCAUGACGGGCGAUGUUAGACAUCGUGGCAUAAUGCCCAGAUGUUUGGAUGUUUUAUUUCGUACCAUAUCGGAUUAUCAGACUAAAAAAUAUAUAUUCAAACCGGAUCGUUUAAAUGGAUUUGAAAUACUGUCGGAAGCAGAUGCUCUUUUAGAGCGGCAACAAGAAAUGAAUCAACGUUUUGCGGGUAGAGGUGCAUUGAGACGUAAAGAUUCUGAUCCGGAAAUAGCAUCACAGGCCUCAUGUGAAAUGGCUCCUUUACAGGGCAUCGAGGAGGAUAAUAUGUAUGCCGUAUUCAUAACCUAUGUAGAAGUAUACAAUAAUAGUGUAUAUGAUUUACUGGAAGAGGGAGGCAUUCAGAAAACUUUGCAAAGCAAAAUUAUUCGCGAAGAUGCCAAUCACAAUAUGUUUGUUCAUGGUGUUACCGAAAUAGAAAUCAAAUCUGUAGAGGAGGCCAUAGAAGCCUUUCAAACAGGACAAAAACGUAAACGUAUGGGCCAUACAGUGCUAAAUGCUGAAUCUAGUCGUAGCCAUUCCGUCUUUAAUAUACGUCUGGUACAAGCUCCCACAGAUUGCCAAGGAGAAAAUGUUGUACAAGAUAAACGUACCAUAACAGUGAGUCAAUUGUCUCUGGUAGAUUUGGCUGGCAGUGAAAGAUCAUCACGUACCAAAAACACUGGCAUGCGUUUGAGGGAAGCGGGCAAUAUCAAUAACUCACUAAUGACACUACGUACUUGUUUGGAAUACUUAAGGGAAAAUCAACAAGUAACAAAUGCUGCCUCGAAAAAAGUACCCUAUCGUGAUUCAAAAAUAACACAUUUAUUUAAGAACUAUUUCGAUGGUGAGGGUCAGGUGUCUAUGAUAGUGUGUAUUAACCCGCGGGCGGAGGAUUAUGAUGAAAAUACGCAAGUUAUGAAAUUUGCCGAAAUGACCCAAGAAGUGCAGAUAGCACGCGCUGCUCCUAUAAAAACAGAUUUAGGUUUAACACCAGGACGUCGCAAGGCCAAUAAACUAUUCAAAAUGGCUGUAAACAAUCUCAAUGAUUUGGGUUAUAGUGAAGCUAAAACAUUAGAUGUAGAUGUGGGUUUGGUCUAUACCUUAGGACCUAAUUUCCCAGAAUAUAAACUAGAUGGUCCAGAGGCAGAAAACACCAUUGCAGAUUUAAUGCAAUAUCUAAUGCAACGUAUAGAAAAAAGAAAAUUACUAAGCAGUGACUUGGAGACAAGAUUUGACAAUUUCCGCUCACAUUUAAUGCAAAUGGAAAAAGAAAAUCUCUCCUUACGCACUGAAUUAGCUUCUCUAAAAGCGGUUUACAAACAAGAACGUGAUCGUUCUUAUGCCUUGGAAAAUAAAAUUCGUGUUCAUGAAAGUUCCAUAGAUGUUCUCAACAAUAAAUUGGGUAAUCGUGAAAGACAAAUAGAUGAAUUAACACGCAAACUGAGAGAUCAUCAAAAUAUGCUCAGUCGUAAGGAACAGGAAAAAGAAAAUCAAAAGAAGAAAUUUGAUUCUAAACUGGCAGUAGAAGUGGAAAAACGUGAUCGUUUACAUGAUUUAAAACAUGCUAAAUUACAAAAUAAAAUACGUAGCAAAGAUGAAAAAUUAAAAUUAUUAUCGAAUAUAAUACAAUCCGAUGAUAUGGCCAUUAGAAUACCCAGAUCGAGAAGUUCCGAAAAUCUAUCGGUGGAUAAGGAAAUACCAAUACAGGCAACUGAAUCAAUAAGAACUGCACCAACUGCUACCGCUACACCAAGAACAGAAUUAUAUGGUGCAGCUAGAGUACCAAGGGGUAUGGCCGCUGCCAAUAAACGUCAUCGUCGUUCUCGAUCGGCUGGAGAAAAAUGGAUAGAACAUCGUGCCCCCAAUCCUGUACCGCUUGGUACUAUUCUACAACCCUAUCUGAAAAAUCGCAAAUCUGUAACGAAAUUACAAGAAAUGAAAGAUUUAACUGGACAUAAAGCUAACAAAUAUAUACUAGUAUCACAAGAUGCCGAUACAGAUGGUGAUGUUGAAACUAAACUCUUCAAAGGUAAUAUUAUACCAACAUGUGGUGGAGGUGCACAAGUUGUAUUCGAUGAUGUAGAGUGUUUAAAACAGAAAUCUCCAGUACCCUCACCAAAUCGUAAAAGGCCCAGUAAUGGUGGUGUUUUAAGUAAUAUAGGUACUACCGUUUCAGCACUUUCCGCUAUUACCAGUAUUAAUUCAGCAAAUGAUAUAGCCUCCAGAUGUAAUGUAGGCAUAGAGGGUCAUACUGUUAAACGUACCAAAGUUUAGGUUGAAGAAAAAAAAAACCUUGAUAUUUUUUGACUUUAUAUUAUUAAUACGUGUCCAAUUUGACUUGAAAUUAUCUCAUUUAUAAUUAUUAUUAUUAUUAUUAGUUUAGAUUAUUAUUAAUUGAUUUCUUGCUAACUACAAAACGUAUAUGUAUUUUUUUAUUAGUAUUUUUUUUUUACUUUUAAUAUUGUUAUGGAAUUAUAAUUCCCUUUGAUAAAACAUAUUUUUUUAUUUUUCUUUCUUUUUUUUUUACUUCUCCCCCAGUGUUCUUGAAAACUGGUUUCGUUUGCAUAAAAUUUUGAAUUUAAAAACAUAUUUUAAAUAAUAAUGAAAUAUUUUUUUCGUUCUUUUUAAAACGUUGCCCU